AAUAUUCAUAAUUAAUUGUCAAAACGUCACUUCCGGAGGCGGAACAUUAAAAAUACAUAAACAAACUGGAAAUGUCAUAAGAAAGAAAAUGCUUUCAUCUCUUGUGAAGCAGCAUCAAAUAAGACAACAAACUCGCAAGGAAAGACAAGAAAAGAAGAAAAAAGAAGCUAUAGUAGCAGCUACAGCUUUGACUCAUGCUUUGGUUGAUCAUUUAAAUGGCGGUGUUGCCCAGGCAUAUAUUAAUCAGAAGAAGCUAGACACAGAAACAAAGAUCUUACAAGCCAAUGCUGCACAGUUCUCUAAACAAACAUUACAAUGGUUAAAACUUGUAGAAGAUUUCAAUACAGCUCAGAAGGAAUUAGGUGAUGUUGAAAAUUGGGCAAAGAGUAUUGAGGCAGACAUGAGAACCUUAUCUAGUGCAUUGGAAUAUGUUUAUCGUAAAAGUGACUAAUUAAACCAGGCAAGCUUUAGUAAGCCUCAUUACCUUGAAGGAGUUAAGGAUAUAUACUGUGCACUGCAUAUUGGUUAAUUUAUUAUAUUGAUGUAAAACUUUUUCAAGAAAUUUCAACCAAAUAAUGUGACAUAUAUAAUGACAUGAUGCUUGAUUGUUUCAUUACCAAUCUUAUUUGAAAAAUAAAAAUAUAUUAUUGAAAAAAA